GUGUGUUGUAAAUAUUCAUGUAUCUUUAGCGUCGGACAAUAAGGACAGCCACCGAAAACUGAUAAAAUCGUGAAAUCUUACAGUGAAAUGUAUGCCGUAUCUCAAAAGCUAGAAAAUGCACAUGAAGACAGUAUUUGGGCAGUUGCUUGGAGGACUAAUGAAAAUGAUAAAACAGAGCAUGUGGUAACUGGUGGGAUUGAUGAUCUAGUGAAAUGCUGGAAAUGGUCAGAUGACAGCUUGCAACAUAAAUGGACAUUAGAUGGUCAUCAAUUAGGAGUUGUUUCUGCUGACAUAAACAGUACUGGGAACUUGGUGGCAUCCAGUUCAUUGGAUAGCCAUAUACGAAUCUGGGAUAUUGAUGUUGGGAAACAAGUCAAGAGUAUUGAUCUUGGACCAGUGGAUUCUUGGACCGUGACAUUUUCACCAGACUCAAGAUACAUAGCUACAGGAAGUCAUUCUGGCAAAGUCAACUUGAUAGGAGUUGAAAGUGGUGUGAAGGAAGAAACGCUUGACACAAGGAGUAAAUUUACAAUGAGUAUCGCUUAUAGUCCAGAUGGUAAAUACGUCGCCUGUGGUGCGAUAGAUGGUAUCGUCAAUAUAUUUGAUAUGACUACUAAGAAAUUGCUACACACUCUUGAAGGACACGCUAUGCCGAUACGCUCUUUAACGUUUUCGCCUGACUCACAAAUCCUACUGACGGCAUCUGAUGACGGGCAUUUAAAGAUGUAUGACGUGCAACAUGCCAACCUUGCCGGAACAUUAUCCGGACACGGCUCGUGGGUUGUGAGUGUCGAUUUCUCACCAGAUAAUACACACUUUGUCUCAGCCUCCAGCGAUAAAAGCGUGAAAGUUUGGGAUGCCGGCAGCCGACAAUGUAUUCACACGUUUUAUGAACACAAAGAUCAGGUCUGGGGAGUACGUUACAACAACAAUGGAUCCAAAAUCGUAUCGGUUGGUGAUGAUAAAGCCGUGAUUGUUUAUGAUGUACCUGUGUAAAAACAACACAAAAUUUUCGCGGGAAAUUGACAUUGUUGUCCACGCAAUGAGCAAGAAGAGGUGGUGUACCGUAACACGGAUAAGAAAACGGCAAUUCGGACUUUCGGGAUGUAUUAUAAUUGUGAAUAAUAGUCUUAAGGAACACAAAAAAGUAAAUUUUUUUCAAGGUAUUAAAAGUCUCAUUGCAAGUGACGUAAAA